AUGGCUUUGAACGACGACUCUACAUCCGACGAAGACUAUGUUGACAAAGGCCGUCGCCCGAAUCGUCGUAUGAAGAAGUCUAACCGUAGAAAAGGGCAUAUAUCCCAGCGACGGGAGGCUGUUCACAGCAGACGUGAAGAUGAAGGGAAAGUAGAAGCAGAAGGAAGCACCGGCGAUCCUGAAGAGCUGCUGCCAACCGGGGAGCUAUACAAUGGUUAUCCUUCGACAUAUGAGCAGUCAGUGGCCUCAGCUCUCAGCACCUAUGACAUUGCUCCUUACCCAGCUUCUUAUCAACAUCUGUCUGGACCUGGUCUCGGUAUGGGGAACAGAUGUAUCCUAAGUUACAAUCCUAUCCCAGAUAUGCCUGCCGUUGUUUCGGGAGGUGCUAUCCAUAACCUGACAUCGUUCGGGGAGAACCAAGGCCUUCAUAGUACUACAUAUGUUGGCUAUCAGGAUCCAGUCUACUACCACCGUGCCGAUGAACCCGUUGGCUUUAGCUCCGAAAUUGCUGAUAGCCAUACUGGAAAUCUUUAUAGUGAGAAUUAUCCGUACCUUCAAGGCGAUUACACUGAGCCAAAUGAUGGUUAA